CCGAAGCGGCCGCGUGUUCCUACCUGAGGAAGGUAGGCAGGGGGCUUUGAAGGCCCUGUCAAGGAAGCCCUUCCGUCCUGAGGCCUCACCUGGAGUGCUGUCACCGCCGGCCAGCCAGAGACACACAGGCAGGAAUGCAGCAGGUGAGACUCGCUGUGGUGGCCGUGGCUCUGUGUGUGACUCUUCGAACCUCAGAAGCCAUCCUGCCCAUCGCUGCCAGCUGCUGCACUGAGGUUUCGCAUCAUCUUUCCAGAAGGCUUCUAGAAAGAGUGACUGCGUGUCACAUCCAAAGAGCAGAUGGGGACUGCGACUUGGCUGCUGUCAUUCUUCAUGUGAAGCGCAGAAGAAUCUGCAUCAGCCCCCACAAUCCCACUGUGAAGCAGUGGAUAAAAACAUACACAGCCGAGAAAAACGGCAAAGGCAACAGCUGCCAGAAGAAGAAACGCCACAGCAAGAGGAAAAACAGACCAUCUCCCGGGAAACCACGGGAGACACACAGCCGUGAAACUCCGCAGUAGAGUUUAGUAUCCAACGUAUAAAGGGAUUCCUUAAGUGGUCAUGGCCAUGGCUGGUCAUAAAGGAGUUUUCCACAUUAGCAGCCCAUGGGGCAAAACAAAAUACUGGUUUUUAGAAAUGCACACUUGUGGGAAGAAAUCUUAAAUUCCAAGGUAAAGACCACCUACAGAAACACCCCACACUUUUCCAGCAGAGGUCACUGACCUGCUGUCCGCAUGGCUGGGGAGGAUCUGGGCCUGGCGAACCUAAAACGUGAAAGCAAACCAGACUUCUGAUUUUUCCUAAUUGUUAUCCUUCCUUUUAACCUCCGUUAUUUCUUAUUAGUAUCAUACUCAAAGAAAGGGAGAAUGGCUGACACAGUCUGAAUGGGUGUUACUUUAAAAAGCUGUUCACCUGCCAGGCAUGGCGGCUAGGCUCGUCAUCCUAACACUUGGGAAGCUCCAGUGGGCAGACUGUGGGUUCAAGCCCAGACUGGCUUACACAAUGAG